UGAACAAUUGGUUAUCUUGCUUAUCUUGUGACUUUCGAAGUGUGAUUUGUACUGAUUUCAGGUUAGUCUAUAACGCUUGAUCAAUCGGCUCAUUCGACUGUAUUGUAACAGUGUAUUGUGGUCUGAAAUCUAAAUGGUAGUUACACUUACGUAUCCAACCAACACAGAUGCUUGAAGUCUAAUGAGAAAUUAAUGACUGAACGGGGAGCUUUCAUUAUGUCGCACCUGAGAAGAGGUUUAUUACAAGACAUGUGUUAUUCCGCAUGUUUGAUUCACAUCAAUUAUUCAGCAGUGCAAUUUUCUGUAACACUGAUUUAUUUCGUUAAGUCUUGUUCCCAAGUCUGGAGCCAUAUCAGAUGUUUGGAGCAAACACGGAGUGGAGUCACAUUAAUUUCCGUCCAAGUGUGCUAUAAAGGAAGAUACGAUCUUUCAUGCGGUUUGAUCAUGCUUGAGCACAAAAAUAGUCUCGAUUCAGCCGUAGGUUUUAUGAAUUUCGUAUUCUGAGUUAAGUCUGAUCGCUGAGGUGAUUUUGAUUGCUUGGGAUAUGUGUCAUGUGAGCUUUGGCUUGAAGCCUUUGUCGUGAUCGUGGACACUCUGGCCGGAUGUAUUGACGCUCUGGUGCAGACUAACGACCAGGACAAAUAUCGCCGUGGCUGCUGCCAGAGUAGUUUCGUCUGAUGAUACUAGGGUCGGCAACUCUCGUGAGUAUCUCGGUAUACAUUGUUGUUGCUUGGGUACCUCUGUGGUAUUGAUUUUCUCAACUAGUAGUUUUUAUAACGAAACGCUCAUCCGACUUUCUGCCAACUUGUAUCAUACAAUUGCUGCUGCUGUUUAUGCGGGGGUAAGUAUGAUAUCUCCAUGCCAGGCUUACAUGUUUCCAAAGAUAAUUACAAUGUCUUCCCCAUUUCAAUCAACAGCCAAAUGAAAGCUUUUUCUGCCUCCACGAGCGAUAUUCAGGUUUGUGUUAUAUUUUCCAUUGAAUGUUCCAUGUGUCUUGUCUUGAAAGUUUUUAUGAUUCUUGUCAAAGAUUUAGGGCUCGGAAACGCGGAGUUACAGAUGUGAUCACAUUGGUAUAAAGCCUGUUGCCAUGUUGAUAGGGCUUGAGCCAACCAUAAAAUAUUCAUUGUUAGAGAUUAGGAACACUUUCCCCCUCCUGUUACAUAAAUCUCCAUUUUCUAAUAUUGAUUAGAGUAUCAUAUCUCCUUAAUGCCUGAUUGGGCUGCCCGCAAAGCCCAAACCACUCGUAAUGCCUUUUUUAUGCUUAAAAAAGUGCAUUAUGUAUGUGCUAUGCUUGCUGGGGUAAUGGUAUUUGUUUAUCGUGUAAUAGGAAGCAUUCGAUCUAUGGAGGAGACGUGAUCAGAUGGUUUUUGUUGCAUAAAGAGAAGAUUCUGGAAAUAACAAACAAAAGACGUUCAAAGGGUUUUCCAAUUUGAAGACAGGCUAUGUGAGAGAUGCUGAAGAGCUGGAAGGUGAUAGGUGGCCUCCUGGCCUUCUGGCUGGUCAUCAUGAUCUACAUGAGCAACUCCCUGAUGCAGGGCGGGGAGAUCAACCAGCGGGCGGAGCAGCAGCUCAGGAGAGCUCUAGAUGAACUCGACAAGGUCAAGGCCCAGAACUUGGAGCUACAGCAGUUAGCAGCUGACUUAAAACAGAUCCAGGAGGAAGGGGGAGGUAACCAGGAUGGCACUCUGUCCCGUCUCCAGCAGAGACUGCAUAAAGCCAACCAAGAAAUCCAGAGACUUGUCAAUAGCCAACAAGGAUCACCAGGUAAAUCCAAUGAACCAACUGCAGAUCACGAAAAAUCUUUCCGAAAAGUAGAAAAUACAGCGGUCGAGUUUUGGUAUUUCAUGCGGUCUCAGUUAAAGAAGAUCAAGGACAGUGCAGGGGGAAACACAGAGAUUACAUCCAAGGUUGACCAGAUUCUGGGGGACGGUGCUAACUAUCAAAGGACUCUGAGAAAUGACUUUGAUGGUCUACGUAACGUGGAUGGCAUGAAGGAAUGGAGGGACCGAGAGUCGAUGGAGCUGGGAGACAUUGUACAGAGGAGACUUCACUAUUUACAAAACCCCAAAGACUGUGGGUCAGCCAAGAAGAUCGUGUGCAACCUGCACAAGGGUUGUGGCUAUGGAUGUCAGCUCCACCAUGUUGUGUACUGCCUGAUCGUAGCAUACGCCACGGAGCGCACCCUGGUGCUUGAGUCCAAGAGCUGGAGAUACGCCCCCAAGGGGUGGGAGACGGUGUUCCAGCCCCUCAGCAACACCUGCAACACACGCUCAGGGGAGCAGGCUCACCACUGGGGACCUGCAACUCAGAUACAGAACGCCAAAAUAGUUGAGCUUCCUAUUGUCGACAGUAUGCAUCCACGACCUGACUUCAUGCCUCUUGCUAUCCCACAAGACCUUGCACCAAGACUUCUCCGUCUGCAUGGUGACCCACCCGUCUGGUGGAUCGGGCAGUUUGUGAAAUACCUCACUCGUCCUCAGCCACAUCUGAAAGAAGACAUGGAGAGAACAAAGAAGGCCUUGAAUUUUAAGAGCCCUAUUGUCGGGGUGCAUGUACGGAGGACAGACAAAGUGGGUGUAGAGGCGGCCUUCCAUGGCAUUGAUGAGUACAUGGAAUUUGUCAAUGAAUAUUUUGACCGUCUGGAGGCAAAGAGUCCUGUUGAGCAACGAAGGAUAUACCUUGCCACGGAUGAUGCAAAUCUACUUCGAGAGGCAAGAGAAAAGUACCCCACCUACCAGUUCAUCAGUGACAAUGACAUCUCCAAGACUGCAAGUCUCGGCACACGCUACUCUGACAGUUCUCUACGUGGCGUCAUCCUUGAUAUCCACUUCCUGUCGAUGUGUGACUACCUGGUCUGCACAUUCUCAUCACAGGUGUGUCGUGUGGCGUAUGAAGUGAUGCAGACAAUGCACGGCGAUGCCUCAGCAUGGUUCAAGUCUCUUGACGAUGUCUACUACUUUGGAGGACAGAAUGCACAUAACAUGCGAGCACUGGAAACCCAUGAACCAAAGAAUAAACACGAGAUCAAGAUGGAGGUGGAUGAUCUGAUGGGCAUUGCUGGCAACCACUGGGAUGGGUUUUCCAAAGGUGUAAACCGGCGCUCAGGACAAUCAGGCCUUUACCCAUCAUACAAAGUGAAGAAUGAAAUCGCUGUAGUAAAAUUCCCCACAUAUCCAGAGGCAGAGGAAGUCAGGUGACAUUAGCCCCUUGUAGAUUGGCAGAUUUUAGAUAAUUAUUUUUAUACAUAUGUUGAGUCCCAGUCAUUAUUUGACAAUAACUUUGCCAUGAGAACUGAAACGGUAUGGAUAUUUUAAUGUAAGAAUGAGACUGCUCGGUCACUUGUGGUCAGUUGUAGGUGAACAUUAUUGACUGUUUUGAGCCUGUUAUGUACCUAAAUUCUUGACAUAAUUAUUAUUAGCCUGAUAGAAAUGAUACUUAUGUGCUCAAUGCCUACUGUAGUCAUACGCAAUAUGUUAAAAGAAAAACUUCAAAUAGGUAAAUCUCAAAUAUUAAGACAUAUUGCAGUACUUAAUGAGCUAAUAGUAAUGUUCAGCCUCCAGCUCUUAAGUUAGCUUGUAGUAAAGCUGUAGACUAGCUGUUGCCUGGGUGCUGCCAUUACACUCAUGAAUCUACAUCAGUUUGAAGUUGACGAGGUGGGACAAACAGUAUUUUACUACUGCAUAUAAGAAACAUAUUUUAAACGUUAUUCAAAAUCAAAUCUUCAACUACAGAAUGGGAGAUGAACAUGGAUGUUUUCAGUUUCAAAAUGGAAGUGUUAAGUUUGAAGAGUGCUCAUCAAGCAGGUGUAGGACCUCAGAAAAUAAAUCAAAGGUGUGUAAACCAGUUUAGACAGGUAUGUACAGGUUGGUGCUGGUUCCGUUGUCAUGGUUCAGUCUGUUAUUUUUCAAUGAUGCAUGUCAGCUGCCAGUGUUUUUAUAAAUUUUACUCUGAUGGAUGUGGUCGUGGGUCUAUGCUUUUGCUUGCUCGUUUCUAUUUGUCACUAUUUUCAGCAGGUACUUCUGAUCAUUGAGUAAACCACAUUCACAUGUCAUAUGUAGUCAUCAGUUCAGUAUUGUUGUGGGUUCUGGAAAUCACCCAACUGUCAAUGUAUCUUGAUGUUUGUCAAACAAUAACAUGUGUUCGGCAGGAUGGCAGGUCCAUGGCAGAGAAGAAAAAGGUCCCCAAUAUGUAUUCAGGCUAUCAUAGUUUGUUAUAGUGGCAUUGUUCUGUAAAGGGGACAUGAUUUUUAGUGGUAACAGGACCAAUAAGGACAAAAAUGUGAAGUAGUUAGUUUUUCAUUGAAUGCAAUGCUAAACUAGCUUUGACGUUAAACUUUGAAAUAAAACAUUCAAGGAUUUUUCAAAUAUGUUUCUCUCCCCUCUUCCAGUUUACCUGGAUACAUGUGUUAUGUUGUAUCAGUACAAUUUAGCGUUGAUGUAAUGACAUGCUUCCUCUCUCGGAGAAUAUUCUCCCAAAGAUUCCAAAACAGGUUGGUCAAUUUCAGGAAGUGUACUAAUUCUGAAAUGAUUUUUAAGGCUGAUACACUCAAUUAUUUGUCAGCCAUUGUGGAGAUAUAGAUAUAAUUUUUUCAUAUUACUAAGUUCUCUUACUCUAAAUGUAAUUACAACGUCAUCUGUAAUUAUUUAGUUUCAUGUUGGAAAAUCUUCCAAGUUAUCAAGGUCUCAAUGUAAAUCAAUCCGACAUUACCAUGAUAUCUAAAGUUCAUCGCUAAACCCUUAGAAUUUGUUUAGCUUCUCUUUGUCUCAAAAUCUUUUUUUUAUCUAAUGUAGGCAGGUUUAAGUUCAUUUCUUGCUGAUGUCCUUGGCAAAAUAAGGAGUCAGGAGGAAAAAUACAAUAAAUAAAAUAUGUCGUCAUGGUUGUUUUGAAACUCACUUACUAAAGUCCCCCCUCCCCCCAAAAAAACUAAACCAAAAAACCAAAAAGAUGUCUGUAAUAACAGGAAAUAAACUGUCAAUUCCUUUAAGGUGUGAGUGUUCAGCAUGACUAGCAUAGUUCAGGGAGAUUGGAUCAACUAGGAAUCAUUACUCAUCCUCAGCAUUUUUCUUGUACCACUGAAUUUUAAACAGAAUUUAAUGUUGAUGAAUAUAUACUAUAUCCUGAUUGUAUGGUUGGAUCAUGCUCAUUUUGUUAUAUAAGGAGGUUUUUAUGAUAAUAUUUGAUGGAAUGAUGCCUUAGAGCACAAGCCUCAUUAAGAAUUUGACCCUUUAACGAAGAGGUUAUAAAUAAUAUAUUGGCUGACAGUGUUUAACAGUCCUCCUAUGAACAGGGUGAAGUGUACAUUGUAUUGUGUGUUAUGAUUACUAGGUGUAUUUAUAUUCAUGUAAACAUCAUUGACUCAUUGAACUACAUUAGUUCACAGAAACAUAUUGUGUAGAUAUGGCUGAAGAAAUAACUUCAUUUUGAGGGAAUAAAACCAAAAGAUUGAUUGAUAUUAAUGAGUUCAGUUUUAAACCUUUUUUAAAAAUUAUUUGGUUAAGAGAUAGUUGAUAAUGCUGGAGGUCAAAAUGCAAAUUAAAAUUGUAUCAAUUUUCUUUUGAAGUUUUCUCUUGGGCAAGGUAGGUUGAAAUAUUUUUUAAAGUCCUUUUGAGAAAUUUUAGCAGAUGUCAACUAAUAUUUUGAUAGGGGAAAAACACUUAGGUUGCUUAAUGACAGUGCCUAGCUAAAUAAAUAUGUCUAUUUUAUAAUAACUUUUUUUCUUUAAUAUUUAACAUGAUUGCUGGUUUUUAUUGAAACAUAAUCCAGGCAUAUAUAUUUCAAGGUUUUUCAUUUAGGACACUGUAUUAGGAUUAUUUGCAUAUCAUGGAAUCACAAUGAUGUAGGUUACAACAUAUUGGAGGAUGCAUGUGUCUGUAAUUAUUGUAAAACUCAGCUGAUAUGAGAACAUGCUCUUGUCUAUAUUUAGUCAGCCUUGUAAGGGAGGUAAGGCGCAAAUAUGAAACAAGUGUAAAUAAUUGUAAAUUGUUGACUAUUCCCCUACAAUCCAGGAUAGGUUAUUGUCCUAUACGAAACGUGUUAAUUCCAAAAUGAUUUCAAUUUAGCAGGAUAGUAAUAUAUGUGUAUUACCAGUUAAACAUGUGGAUUAUUUUUGGAUAAAUCACUAUUUUUUGUAUACAAGAAAUUUUCCAAUAAAUGAAAGCUUUAAUUUUGAAUAGAGUGAUAGUUUUGAAAGAGGAAGGAAAAGAUGCUGUUUUACAUGAAUAUAGUUUUAACAUGAUAUGUGACAUUUGUUGCCAGUUUAGAUAUCACGCUUUUCAAAUAUUUUGUAUAUGUAACUAUUGAUGAAUUAAUCCAAGGUAUUACAUCAAAUUAUGGCUGAACUAAACACUUGUGGCAUCUCAUUUAGUAAUCAUCACACUGAAUUUACCCAGAGGCCAUGUUUCUUGGGUCUUUUGUCCAACUGUUUUUUCAUGGUUUUUCUUUUGUUUCUCUGAACUGCUUUAGGAAGAAUAUGUUUGGUUACGAAGUGCACAAGAAAUGACACCAUUGGUAUGAAGUUUACAGUCAUAUCAAUAACUAAAGAGAUAGGCACUGCCAGUAAUGUGAGGAGUUGUAAUGAAGGACAUGACGAGAAGAUUGAGCUAUCUCCCUUUUGCAAAAGAUACACAAGCUCCUUCACAGCGUGUGAUACCUUCAUUACACUCUCUGUAACAUUGCUGCCACCAGUGUGGGUGCAGCCAUUACAAGAUUCUUGAAAUUUGCCCUAAAACACGAAAAUGUAGUAACAUUUAUAAUUUUUUACGUCUUUGUGAAUGCCAUCUGUAAAAUUAGAAAAGGUUUAUGACUGACAUUUGAAAGGGGAAUUUAUCUUUUCGUUUGCAUAAUCAGAUUGGUUCGAGAUUGCAGACUGACGAAAAAUCACCUAACUUUUCCCUUACAUUCAUACUAUACCAAGUACAUGCUCGUUGAAAUAGAAAUUCAAACUGAGAAACAAAUAAAGGCAUUUAGCUGGAGCAAGAGUUCUCGGUGUCACAACAGUCAUCACUUGUUUGUAAACAUAACAGUCAGUCCGUUGCUAGUUCAACCCCAAGCAUGGUUGUGGUCACCUAUCACAGUGGGGAGCUUUGACUUAUGGCAGUGAUAGUAUAGAGAGCUCCGUGAAUGGGCUAUCACUGUGAGGAGCUUGACAGAUACACAUACAACUAAUUCAAGUUGGGAUAAUGGUCUUGGCACUCUAUUUGUUGCAGAUAUAUUACUUAUGACAUGAUAAAUACUCAAAAUUGAAGUUUGUGAAACUUUUAUGCAGGUCAUAUAAUUGCAUGGCGUUAAAACUGGAACACUUUGUGAUACUGAAUUUGGUUUCUUUGAGGAAAUACUUCAGCAAAUGAAGGAUUUAUUCCCAGCUGUGUUCUGCUUAUUGGAUGAGUGCUGGUUUGAUAAUUACUUAUAAAUAUGGUUGUCUAAUUCACUCUAGCAGGAUAUUUCAGGGUGUCUGUCAGGGUUAAGGCUGUGCUAACAGCCAGUUCUCUUGCAAUAUUAUUAAAUUAUGAAGCAGUUUUCAUAAUUUAAUUAUCCUUGAAUGAGAGGAACUCGAUAAAUAAAUAUCUGUAUAAUCAUUUUUGAAGGUGUAAAAUAUAAGGUCUGACCAAUGUAAGGUUUUUGUUUCGUCAAUAUAUGCAGAGGCUGGGGCAGAAUUAAGAAAGUCAUUGUGGAUUUAAAGCACACUUUUAAAGAAAAAUAUAUAAUUUGUUUUACAUUUGCAAAGUGAAGUGUAGGCUUGUCAAAAGAUUUCUUAACAAAUUAAAACCUGAAAGUUAGAACCAUGGCCAGUUCUUGACUUGUCUCCUGAAGAGGACAUAGUGGGCCUUGUUUUUAUAUCACUUGGCUUACAGAUCAAACCCAAACCCAGGUUCGGUGAAGGCGAUAAAAAAUAAAGAGAAAAAAGGAUUUUAUUUAGAAAGCUGGCUUUUUAGUGAAAAAUCAAAAGAUUGCUAUAUUGACUUGUUGGGUACUUUGAAAAUAUUUGUGUUACAGGCAUUUGUUAAUCAACUGAGGGAAAAAAAGAACCGAUCCUCACAUGUGAAAUUUUGAGUUGGCAGAUAGGUAAACCAAGUAAAUAAGAUCAAAUGCCUAAACAUGGACAUGUUAUGCAAACAAUCAGUGUGGGUUGGUGUUGUCUGUACAUAGCCUGUGGCAGCAGAACUGUUGUACAAUGUCUUCCACAGAAUUGUUAACUCAAAGUAUCUUUGAGAUACAUUACACAUUGUAUUGUGCCUGAGAUAUGUUGUAUCAUGAAUGUAACAAAGCUUACAAUGGAGAUCUAAGUAUUACAAUUGGGAAUAUACAGUUUCACCAUUGAGAUGUAUUGUCAGAAGUUUGGGUUUGAAAGGGAUCUCAUAGAGUGGAAAAGGAACAUGGAACCUCUGGAAGUGCUUUUCCUCCUAUACAGGUACACAAGUUUGACAACCACAGUGUUUACUGGUAUUCAGGGCAGAUUAUUGGUGUAACACUUUCUUGGAUCUCAAUCUCUAAGCAACUCAACAUCCAUGCAUAGGUGAAAUUUUAGUAAUUGAAUAGAAAUAACAAAUGAGGACUUAACAUUGUUUUUCCAAAUGUGGGGGAUUCACUGUACCGCAGAAACAAUGUAGAUAAAGCGUUAAAUUUUAACUUGCUCACAAAACGUGAAGACAGAUGCUUAAUAUUUCGAAUACAGCUCUGUGACGAAUGGUGAAGCUUUUACCAGUCUAUUUUAUUCCCGUCUUACAUUUGAAUGUUAUCCAUUCAGUAAUGUACCCCAUGUGGCCGUGUACAGGAGGAAUGAUACAUAUCCCUCCUCCAUGGGAUACACCUAAUCUUGUAACCUGCAGAGGUUCCCCCAGUCCCAAGUACCUCGUGCGUGUUGAACAGCCAAUUAACAUGGGGGAUCAAUGUGUGACUUUGUAUGUCAUUGUUUGCGUGGGACCUUCUCAUGCUAUACUUACAGGAUGCAGCGAGUGAGUUGGGAUCAAAGCUGCUUUAACAGUAUUUCAGUUUGAUCACAGCUCUCCGCUAUUAUGUGGGAGGAAAGCUGAUGCGAAGCAGGUCCUAGGUGUACGACAUUUACAAAUUUUGUAAACCCACAAGCAUGGGUAUGGUGCUGACAAACAUAGGCUUCAGCCAUGUAGCUAGAAUAGCACUCCCAACUUUAUUGGGAUGUGACUUUGUAUGACCAAUUUGAAGAUCCUACAAAUCCAUUAAUUUUUCACUUGUAUUUGCUAUGUUCAAGAGGUAGCUAGAUGUAUAUAUAAUGAUGUGCAAUGGAAAUACCUCCUGGACGAUCAGCAAUCUUAGACUACAACAUUCAGAUCAUGACCAGGCCAACUGUAAAACCAUUUUAUAGAACAUAGGAGAAAUUUGAGAUCCUUUUAAAGACCUUUAUUGGGACAUUGAUUGAAAAUGCCCUGGACAAAUGUAAGAUCACUUAAUGAAGCUUGUCGAAAUGUCAGAUGGCACUAUGGAGCAUUGCAUGAUAAAUGUCAGUAUGUAUAAUGUGUAGAUGACAUGAUGUGGGACUUCUAUUCCUCAAUGUAUGUUUGAUGAUGCUCCAAGCUUGCAUUGUGGCAGGUCACCUGGACUCCAAUCCACUGAGCUGUCUUGGAGCUCGGCAUGGUCUUGUGAUGAAUGUAGGACUAAGGUUGCUUUGUUGAACAAGGUCUAGGUGAUUAUUGUCUUGUUGAGAAUACAUAUUCAUUCCUUCGUAAUCUGUUUGUUUGUCCAGUUUUAGUUUAUGCAAAAGCUGUUUUAAGACCAUCUAUAGCAUACACAUCAUAUUCAUUUCUUGUGCUAGUUGCAGCUUCAGUUGUAACUUCAGUGAAACUUUCACAAUAGGUGAGGAAUUUCUCUCCCUAGGUUAUUGAUACUAAUCUUUUAGUUUUCUAGAUUAUUCUUAAAGAGAAAAGUAAUAUUCAAAUAAACUUCAACAAAAAACGACAAUGGUCAAAGUGAUUAGAUUACUUCAUAAGUUGUGUCCAAGGUCCACCCUUGCAAAAUAGAAUUGUGCGCUUCGACUAUAUCAUAGGUCAAAGUUUAGUUGUUACAAUAGAUGCAGCUACCAUCACUUUGUGCAAGUGUGCCCAUCAAGGGAGACAACUCUGGCAUGUGACAAGACUGCAUAGUUUUUGUAUCAGUAGAUAAAAUGGUGUGAUAUGUCAGGAGUUUAGAAAUGAAAUCCAUGGUAAGCUACAUUAGCCUAGUUGGAAGUCCCUAGUGGGAGUAUACUCAACUUGGGGUGGACAUUAUUACACAAUAGUGUUUCCAGAGAGGAAACUGAUGGCAGAAGAAACUAUAGCCUUGCCUUGACUUCUUGCUAAUAUUAAGCUGUAUUGUUUGGUUGUUUUUUCCAAAUUUACUUGGUCAACCCAUCAAAUGUUGAAAACAAUUUACAUGAGGAAGAAAGGUAACCUUUGAUUUUGGGAGAAAUCUAAAACCAGGUGUAGUAAAAAAGUGUCUUGGUAUGUUUGCUGUAGCCUGAUCAGUUGAUGUGAUGUGAUGUAACGCAAUAUUGUUUAGGGUAUCAUUCUUAUUUUAUAUGUUGCUGACCCCAGAGAAGAGCCGCCUCCUCUACUUUCCAGUAUAUAUGAACAUAUCUCCACUUUCAAAACAUGGUAACCAGGAGUAAAUGCCCAGGUUUUUUCUGCUACAAUCACUUCUACAUUUACAUCCACAAUAUAAGACGCAAACUUUCUCUAUGUAUAUAUCGUGGAUUUGCAUAUUUUGGUGUGGUCAAUUGUUUAUUUUAAAGUAUCAAAUGUACAAAUUUGAUAAGCAACACCCUUAAUGGAAACAUAAUUUUUGUAACAAGCUGGUUGGUGUUUUGGCCACUUUUACUCAAUCUUGUCGGUGAAGUCUCCACUGAAGUUGGAAUUUUCUGUACAUAAUAAAACUAUCGGAGCCUUUCAUGCUUCUUUUUGUUUCUCAGCCCGCUCCCUCAUCAUACAGGUCUUAAUUCUUCUCACAGGUAUCUGCUUCAGACAAAUUUUAUUCUUGUUUCACCUGUUAUAUACAUACAUAAAUAUAUGAAUGACAUAAAAUGAAUAAACUGAUCAUUUGUAAA